CUCAACCAAGUUUCUGGGAUUUCUUCUUUUCCAAUCCCAUGGCUCUUCACAGAAUUCCCACUCUUGCCUUGUUUCUCUUGUUGGCUCUGGGCUUAUGUUCUGCAAGGAGGGCCCUUCUCACUUUUGAUGCUGGCUAUGGCGGAGGACAUGGAGGUGGCUCUGGUGGCGGCGGCGGCUAUGGAGCUGCAGGAGAUCAUGGAGUUGUUGGCUAUGGAGGUGGUGGCGGCGGUGGAGAAGGUGGGGGCGUAGGAUAUGGUGGUGCAGGUGGUGGUGGUGGUGGGCGUGGUGGAGGAGGAGGGGCUGGCUAUGGAGGUGGGGGCGAGCAUGGUGCUGGAUAUGGAGGUGGGGGUGGAAGUGGUGGUGGUGGUGGUGCUGGUUAUGGUGCAGGAGGGGAACACGGUGGUGGUUAUGGAGGUGGUCAAGGAGGUGGAGCAGGGGGUGGCUAUGGCGGUGGUGGAGAGCAUGGUAGUGGCUAUGGAGGAGGUGGUGGUGCUGGUGGCGGAUAUGGUGGAGGUGAAGGAGCUGGUGGAGGCCACGGUGGUGGUGGUGGAGGCGGGUCAGGUUAUGGAGCUGGGGGAGAGCACGGUGGUGGUUAUGGAGGUGGAGGUGGCGGUGGAGCAGGAAGUGGUGGAGGCUAUGGCGCUGGAGGAGAACAUGGUGCCGGUUAUGGAGGUGGUGGAGCUGGAGAAGGUUAUGGUGGAGGAGGGGAGCAUGGUGGUGGUUAUGGCGGAGGCCAGGGUAGUGGAGGUGGUGGAGGAUAUGGCGCCGGUGGAGAGCAUGGCAUAGGGUACGGAGGAGGAGGGGGAAGUGGAGGUGGUGGAGGCGCCGGCUAUGGUGAAGGAGGAGCUCAUGGAGGAGGAUAUGGAAGUGGCGGAGGAGCUGGUGCUGGUGGGGGCAAUGCAGAUAUGGCGGAGGUGGCGGAGGUGGCUCUGGCGGUGGAGGAGGAUACGGGGCAGGUGGUGCACAUGGUGGUGGUUACGGAGGAGGAGGUGGACACGGUGGAGGCCAUGGUGGUUAUUAUGUUCACUAUCACCCUUGACGUAAAUGGAAUCUGCUUGGACGCAUCAACAUUCAAGAAUAAUUGAGUAAAAAUAUAUUGAUAUUAUAAUCAUAUUAAUAAAAACAUAUGUUUUUCGCUUUCCUGGUAUUACUAUUUAUAUGUAAUGAAAAUAUGUCUACCAUAGAUAAUUGCAGUAUCAUUAUAAUAUUCUGAGCUACGCUGCUUCUUAGCUGAUAAUAUUAAUAUUUACACAAAAGUAAAUUAUCUCAUUUUA